AUGCCGACUGCCGCGACAAGAGUAAAAGCGAGGCAGGUGACGAUCCUGGACGUGAUCCAGGCCUCGCACGAUACCAAGCGCUUCCGCGUCGCCCUGGGGGCCAAGGGCCGGAUCCUGGGCCUGCCCGUCGGCAAGAGCAUCAUCGUCUACGCGCCGAACCCCGACGAGUGCGUCAGGACCGGCGAGUGGAACGGCCGGGCGGACCCGGACAAGGGACAGCGUGAGGUCGACCGGUCGUACACGCCCAUCACAGGUGAUGAAGUGGACGGUUAUUUCGAUCUGCUGGUGAAGAUCUACAAGCCAGGAACAACGCGAACCUCUGAGGACGAGCAGGUUUCUUGGACCAACGGCGGGAAGGUCAGCCAGUACUUAGACAGCAAGAACCCCGGCGACGUGAUUGAAAUCAACGGACCGCGUGGUGGAAUUGAAUACCUUGGUCGCGGCAUGAUCGCGCUCCAUAAUCGGACGCUCUCUGCUAAGCACAUCUGUAUGCUGGCGGGCGGCACAGGCAUCACGCCGAUGGUGCAGGUGUUGAGAAGAGCGAUCCGAGAUAAGGCGGACUAUUGCAGGUUUACUUUGAUUUACGCCAACAAGACUGAAGAGGAUAUUCUUCUUCGAGACGUGCUGGACGGUCUUGUCAACGAGGGGAAGGGGCAGUUCAACGUCGUUUAUACCUUGGACUUCCCACCCGCGAAGUGGAAGGAGGAGAAGGGCCACAUCUCUGCGGGGCUGAUCAGAAAACAUUUCCCUCCUCCGAGGAGAAAGUCUUUCGACCCGCUGAUCCUGAUGUGCGGGCCAGUUCCGAUGGUGGAGCUGGCCUGCAGAAAGAACCUGUUGGCGCUGGGCUAUCCGAGCCAAUCUCUGGUAGCGUUCUGA